UGUUGAAAAUAUUAAAGUAAAACGCGCGUAAAUAGGAAAUAAAAAAGAAUUCUAAUUAUCAUUGUUCUUUAUAUGUGUAUGUGAUAGUUAUGUUCAAAAUGAAAUUUAAUUUAAUUGUUGCAGUUUCUGAAGAUUUUGGCAUCGGUUUAAAGGGAGAUUUACCAUGGAAGUUAAAAUCUGAGCUAAAGUACUUUAGCAACACUACCAAACGUGUUGUAGAUAGCAACAAGCGAAAUGCUGUAAUAAUGGGAAGAAAAACAUAUUUUGGAGUUCCAGCAAAUAAAAGACCUCUACCUGAGCGUUUAAAUAUCGUUUUAAGCACUACACUAAAGCCUUCUGAUUUGCCAAGUGAUGUGCUGCUAUGCCCCAAUUUAGAAGCAGCCAUGAAGCAUUUGGAAACUGCUGCCACAAAUUUAAUGCCACAAAUAGAGACUGUAUGGAUAGUUGGAGGUAGCGGAGUUUAUAAAGAAGCAAUGGAUUCUGAACGUUGCCAUCGUUUAUAUAUAACUAAAAUAUAUAGUAAAUUUGAAUGUGAUACAUUUUUUCCUCCAAUACCAGAAUCUUUCAAAGAAGUACUUAAUGAUUCGCAAACUCCUCUUGGUAUACAGGAAGAAAAUGGUGUGACAUAUGCAUACAAAAUUUUAGAAAAGCAAAAAAUUUAAUAUCACCUUUAAUAAGCUAGUAAUACAAUAUAUUUCUUUA